AUGGCGGACGACCCGGACCCCGGGGAUCCCGGGGGCCGGGUGGGGGGCGGCCUUGACAGCGACGUGACGGGAGCCUUCGGGGGUGAAGGGGGGGCAAGCACACUAGCAGCUGGUGGGUCACUCCACCUAUUGACCGGUCACAAAAGACGGGGGGGGGCUGAGAGUGCGCUCCAGAGCCCACGCAUUCGUCGCCUCCACCACGAAGACCUUCUGUGCCUCUUUGGCAAACCAGCCAAGAGACAGUGUUGUGAAGCAGGCCGUUCGAUUUCAGUGUUGACAUGCGGCCAACCUCUCGAAGACCCUCCCAACACCGGGUCUGACGGCGAUUACCCUGUACCUUCGGCCAUCAUCGGAGAAAGGGGGGGAGCAACAACCGAAAAGGGUCCAGUCGACGAGGCGGCGGUUGUACCACGGGUGGCAUCGGAAGUAGCGAGGGCAGCCUGGGAGGAAUACCGUAGGCGCUUGCAACAACAGCAUGACACUCGCAGACGCUGCCUACCUGUGAGGGCAAUGUUGCACGGCGCCGGCUCGGCCGACGCCGCAAUCCCCCCGGUCGUGCCACGUCUCGCAUGGCGGCAGGAGCGGAGGCGCCGGAGUGCGGCGGGGAAAGACAGGCAGCAGGAGCCACUAGUGGGGGGUCAGCGUGACCCGCAGGUGGGCGGGCAGCAGGGGGCCUGGGAGAGGAGCCGGCAGCCGCCGAAGGAGCUGCAGAGCGGAGGGCAACAGCAGCUGCCGAGCGGAGGGCAGCAGCAGCUGCAGAGCGGAGGGCAGCAGGAGCUGCCGAGCGGAGGGCAGCGGCAGCUGCCGAGUGGAGGGCAGCGGCAGCUGCAGAGCGGAGGGCAGCAGGAGCUGCAGAGCGAAGGGCAGCAGGAGCUGCAGAGCGGAGGGCAGCAGCAGCUGCAGAGCGGAGGGCAGCAGCAGCUGCAGAGCGGAGGGCAGAAGCAGCUGCCGAGCGGAGGGCAGCGGGAGCUGCAGAGCGGAUGGCAGCAGCAGCUGCAGAGCGGAGGGCAGCAAGAGCCGCAGGAGCUGCCGAGCGGAGGGCAGCGGCAGCUGCCGAGUGGAGGGCAGCGGCAGCUGCAGAGCGGAGGGCAGCAGGAGCUGCAGAGCGAAGGGCAGCAGGAGCUGCAGAGCGGAGGGCAGCAGCAGCUGCAGAGCGGAGGGCAGCAGCAGCUGCAGAGCGGAGGGCAGAAGCAGCUGCCGAGCGGAGGGCAGCGGGAGCUGCAGAGCGGAUGGCAGCAGCAGCUGCAGAGCGGAGGGCAGCAAGAGCCGAGCGGAGGGCAGCAGGAGCUGCCGAGCGGAGGGCAGCGGCAGCUGCCGAGUGGAGGGCAGCGGCAGCUGCAGAGCGGAGGGCAGCAGGAGCUGCAGAGCGAAGGGCAGCAGGAGCUGCAGAGCGGAGGGCAGCAGCAGCUGCAGAGCGGAGGGCAGCAGCAGCUGCAGAGCGGAGGGCAGCAGCAGCUGCCGAGCGGAGGGCAGUGGGAGCUGCAGAGCGGAGGGCAGCAGCAGCUGCGGAGCGGAGGGCAGCAAGAGCCGCGGCAGCUGCAGAGCGGAGGGCAGCAGGAGCUGCAGAGCGAAGGGCAGCAGGAGCUGCAGAGCGGAGGGCAGCAGCAGCUGCAGAGCGGAGGGAAGCAGCAGCUGCAGAGCGGAGGGCAGCAGGAGCUGCCGAGCGGAGGGCAGCAGGAGCUGCCGAGCGGAGGGCAGCAGCAGCUGCCGAGCGGAGGGCAGCAGCAGCUGCCGAGCGGAGGGCAGCAGGAGCUGCAGAGCGGAGGGCAGCAGGAGCUGCCGAGCGGAGGGCAGCGGCAGCUGCCGAGUGGGGGGCAGCGGCAGCUGCAGAGCGGAGGGCAGCAGGAGCUGCAGAGCGAGGGGCAGCAGGAGCUGCAGAGCGGAGGGCAGCAGGAGCUGCCGAGCGGAGGGCAGCGGCAGCUGCAGAGCGGAGGGCAGCAGCAGCUGCAGAGCGGAGGGCAGCAGCAGCUGCCGAGCGGAGGGCAGCAGCAGCUGCCGAGCGGAGGGCAGCAGCAGCUGCAGAGCGGAGGGCAGCAGGAGCUGCAGAGCGGAGGGCAGCAGGAGCUGCAGAGCGGAGGGCAGCAGGAGCUGCAGAGCGGAGGGCAGCAGGAGCUGCAGAGCGGAGGGCAGCAGGAGCUGCAGAGCGGAGGGCAACAGCAGCUGCCGAGCGGAGGGCAGCAGCAGCUGCAGAGCGGAGGGCAGCAGGAGCUGCCGAGCGGAGGGCAGCGGCAGCUGCCGAGUGGAGGGCAGCGGCAGCUGCAGAGCGGAGGGCAGCAGGAGCUGCAGAGCGAAGGGCAGCAGGAGCUGCAGAGCGGAGGGCAGCAGCAGCUGCAGAGCGGAGGGCAGCAGCAGCUGCAGAGCGGAGGGCAGCAGCAGCUGCCGAGCGGAGGGCAGCGGGAGCUGCAGAGCGGAGGGCAGCAGCAGCUGCAGAGCGGAGGGCAGCAAGAGCCGCAGGAGCUGCCGAGCGGAGGGCAGCGGCAGCUGCCGAGUGGAGGGCAGCGGCAGCUGCAGAGCGGAGGGCAGCAGGAGCUGCAGAGCGAAGGGCAGCAGGAGCUGCAGAGCGGAGGGCAGCAGCAGCUGCAGAGCGGAGGGCAGCAGCAGCUGCAGAGCGGAGGGCAGAAGCAGCUGCCGAGCGGAGGGCAGCGGGAGCUGCAGAGCGGAUGGCAGCAGCAGCUGCAGAGCGGAGGGCAGCAAGAGCCGCAGGAGCUGCAGAGCGGAGGGCAGCAGGAGCUGCAGAGCGGAGGGCAGCAGGAGCUGCAGAGCGGAGGGCAACAGCAGCUGCCGAGCGGAGGGCAGCAGGAGCUGCAGAGCGGAGGGCAGCAGGAGCUGCCGAGCGGAGGGCAGCAGGAGCUGCAGAGCGGAGGGCAACAGCAGCUGCCGAGCGGAGGGCAGCAGCAGCUGCAGAGCGGAGGGCAGCAGGAGCUGCCGAGCGGAGGGCAGCGGCAGCUGCCGCGUGGGGGGCAGCGGCAGCUGCAGAGCGGAGUGCAGCAGGAGCUGCAGAGCGAAGGGCAGCAGGAGCUGCAGAGCGGAGGGCAGCAGCAGCUGCAGAGCGGAGGGAAGCAGCAGCUGCAGAGCGGAGGGCAGCAGCAGCUGCCGAGCGGAGGGCAGUGGGAGCUGCAGAGCGGAGGGCAGCAGCAGCUGCCGAGCGGAGGGCAGCAGCAGCUGCAGAGCGGAGGGCAGCAGCAGCUGCCGAGCGGAGGGCAGCAGGAGCUGCAGAGCGGAGGGCAGCAGGAGCUGCCGAGCGGAGGGCAGCGGCAGCUGCCGAGGCAGCAGGAGCUGCAGAGCGGAGGGCAGCAGGAGCUGCAGAGCGGAGGGCAGCAGGAGCUGCAGAGCGGAGGGCAACAGCAGCUGCCGAGCGGAGGGCAGCAGCAGCUGCAGAGCGGAGGGCAGCAGGAGCUGCCGAGCGGAGGGCAGCGGCAGCUGCCGAGUGGAGGGCAGCGGCAGCUGCAGAGCGGAGGGCAGCAGGAGCUGCAGAGCGAAGGGCAGCAGGAGCUGCAGAGCGGAGGGCAGCAGCAGCUGCAGAGCGGAGGGCAGCAGCAGCUGCAGAGCGGAGGGCAGCAGCAGCUGCCGAGCGGAGGGCAGCGGGAGCUGCAGAGCGGAGGGCAGCAGCAGCUGCAGAGCGGAGGGCAGCAAGAGCCGAGCGGAGGGCAGCAGGAGCUGCCGAGCGGAGGGCAGCGGCAGCUGCCGAGUGGAGGGCAGCGGCAGCUGCAGAGCGGAGGGCAGCAGGAGCUGCAGAGCGAAGGGCAGCAGGAGCUGCAGAGCGGAGGGCAGCAGCAGCUGCAGAGCGGAGGGCAGCAGCAGCUGCAGAGCGGAGGGCAGCAGCAGCUGCCGAGCGGAGGGCAGCAGCAGCUGCCGAGCGGAGGGCAGCAGCAGCUGCAGAGCGGAGGGCAGCAGGAGCUGCAGAGCGGAGGGCAGCAGGAGCUGCAGAGCGGAGGGCAGCAGGAGCUGCAGAGCGGAGGGCAGCAGGAGCUGCAGAGCGGAGGGCAGCAGGAGCUGCAGAGCGGAGGGCAACAGCAGCUGCCGAGUGGAGGGCAGCAGCAGCUGCAGAGCGGAGGGCAGCAGGAGCUGCCGAGCGGAGGGCAGCGGCAGCUGCCGAGUGGAGGGCAGCGGCAGCUGCAGAGCGGAGGGCAGCAGGAGCUGCAGAGCGAAGGGCAGCAGGAGCUGCAGAGCGGAGGGCAGCAGCAGCUGCAGAGCGGAGGGCAGCAGCAGCUGCAGAGCGGAGGGCAGCAGCAGCUGCCGAGCGGAGGGCAGUGGGAGCUGCAGAGCGGAGGGCAGCAGCAGCUGCGGAGCGGAGGGCAGCAAGAGCCGCAGGAGCUGCAGAGCGGAGGGCAACAGCAGCUGUCGAGCGGAGGGCAGCAGCAGCUGCAGAGCGGAGGGCAGCAGGAGCUGCCGAGCGGAAGGCAGCGGCAGCUGCCGAGUGGGGGGCAGCGGCAGCUGCAGAGCGGAGGGCAGCAGGAGCUGCAGAGCGAAGGGCAGCAGGAGCUGCAGAGCGGAGGGCAGCAGCAGCUGCAGAGCGGAGGGCAGCAGCAGCUGCAGAGCGGAGGGCAGCAGCAGCUGCCGAGCGGAGGGCAGCGGGAGCUGCAGAGCGGAGGGCAGCAGCAGCUGCAGAGCGGAGGGCAGCAAGAGCCGGUUUGGGUGUUGGAUUUGGAGAUGGCGGACGAGGCUUGCACCGAUGAGCUGGAAUCAAGCCCCAUGGAGGGGGAGAAUGCCAACCCUGAUUCCCCGGACCAAGCGGAAAGGCCCCGAGCGCGGGGCCGGGGCCGGAGGCGACGGGCAACCAAACUGCAGCAGCUGCAGAGCGGAGGGCAGCAGCAGCUGCCGAGCGGAGAGCAGCAGCAGCUGCAGAGCGGAGGGCAGCAGCAGCUGCCGAGCGGAGGGCAGCUGCAGCUGCAGAGCGGAGGGCAGCAGCAGCUGCCGAGCGGAGGGCAGCAGCAGCUGCAGAGCGGAGGGCACUAG